GAGGCGCCAGCAAAAUGGCGGCAGAUGAGACUGUCGAAAGCUCAGCCAAUGCUCUUGUGAGUCUGAAAGAGGGAAAAGGCAACUCCUACAAGACACCUCCCAGAAGAGGAAAUCCUCCUCGGUUACGGAAGAAGAACCAGCGGUUUUACAAUGAGGAUGAAGAGACAGACUAUUCCCCUGUACGAUCACCAAAGAAACAAUCACGCACCACAUCUUCCAAUUCAGCCGGAUCAGUUGGCCGAUCCACCCUUACAACGCCUGACAAGCGGGCAGCACAGGCCAUCGGUGUCAGGCUAAGAAACUUGCUCAAACUUCCCAAAGCACAUAAAUGGGUCUGCUAUGAAUACUUCUACUCAAAUUUAGACAUCCCCUUGUUCCUGGGAGAGAAUGAUUUCUGCAUCUGCCUCCGAGAGUCCUUUCCUCAGCUGAAGACCAAGAAGUUACGGAGAGUCGAGUGGUGUAAGAUCAGACGUCUAAUGGGCAAGCCUCGUAGGUGCUCCCCGGCAUUCUUCACGGAGGAGAGAGCAGCCCUGGCAGAGCGGAGAGAAAAGAUACGACUUUUACAGCAGAGGAAGCUGAAUGAAUUUAGCAGCCUCAAAGAUCUUCCCGAUGAAAUACCUCUACAUCUAGUCAUAGGAACCAAAGUCACAGCUCGACUCCGCAAGCCCCAGGAUGGUUUGUUCACGGGUACGGUCGAAGCCUUGGACACGGUGGACAGCACGUACAGAAUCACAUUUGACCGACCUGGCCUCGAGACGCAAUCAAUACCCGACUAUGAAGUCUUAAGUAACGAAGAAGCUGAAACAAUACCAAUCACAGCGUUUCAGCAAAAACAUCGACCCCGACAUGGGAUAUUUUCUCCGCCAAGGUUCGUCCCAGGACUUGGAUCCCCCGGCCAGCAGCUGAACGAUGAUCCUUUGCUGAGUGGCUCACCAUUCAAGGGUCGGCUGAUGAGUUUGGACGGAGGAACAUAUGGUGGUUUUCCUAUCAAGUUUUUAGUCUUAGUGACGCGUUUGUCUAAAAUUUUGAUGAUUAAAAAAGACUGGAUUAGGCAGCUGCAGGAUAUGAACACGCAAGCUGAAAAACUGAAGUCGUACCAGCAGCCCAUCACGGUGGAGUUCCAGCGGAAGUAUGCCAACAUUGUGCUGGAGCUGGAGAAACUCAACAAGGAUUUGACGGAGUACCUGGUCGGGGUGCAGCAGUUCUGUCAGGAGCUUGCCCCUGGAUCUGGGAUGACGCCGAUUGACCAACCGUCCGAGAUAAGAAAGAAGAGCGAAGAAGAGGCACAAUCUAUGGUCAGCAGGAUUUGCCAGACACAGACUUCUGCGACUAUGUUUCACAAUAAGAAGACGGCCAAGAAUGAGAGGAUACUGAGUUUGGUGGCCAACCUGACCGCACUCAUGUUACAAGUGAGGACAUUCUCAGAGAACGAUUUCAACUCAUUUGAGUUCAAAUCACUUCAAGACAGCUUACAGGAUAUCAAGGUUACCCUGGACGGAAACAACAUCAACUCCUUCCAGAACAACGUCGAGAUCCACAUCAACCACAUCCAGAGUGGGCUGUCACAGAUGGGCAAUCUGCAUCGCUUCGCUGCUACGUCCUACCCAACAUGAGCCUGCCCUGCCCCGCCCCGCCCCCUCACCUCACACACACAUGGUGCUCUUGCUGGACAUCGGUCAUCCAGGUGGCCUUGGCUACCCCUGCUGGAGCCACUGUUGACAGGUAGUGAAGGACCUGGUUGCUGGAUGGAUUGGCCUUGGUUAGACAUCAUCACGUGGAAGUGGAUUGUCUCAGAUGCAGAUUGUGAUCAUGGUGCAUUGUUGAAUGGAUUUUCAUAUCUAUACUACUCAAAACAAAUUAAGCACCACCGGAUUCUUUCAUAUUGAGGGGGGCACGGGUGGCCCAGUCGUCUAAGGCGCCGCGAUUCGCUGUGCAGAGUUACGUCCCUUGGGCACGCCAGAAACCUAUGAUUGUGGGUUCGAAUCCCGGUUCACCCCGAUUAUGU